GGCCAUGACGCUGUUCCUGCAGGUUUGGUUUGUGGAGAGCUUUUCUUUGAAAGUCAUUUAAGGGGAAAUGAAGAGUGCUAAAUAAAUAAUAAAUUACAGCUUGGGAAAAUAAAUAAACUUAUACAAGUAAUUGCGCAACAGUUGUAAUGAUUCAAAACCCGUUUGCGCAAAGUGUUUUCUGAUAAUUUUAUCACUCUUAUACAUCCCAACAUUUAUCACUCCUAACAACUUCCGCAAAAAUAAUAUUUAUGUUAUUAAUAAAUUGCACACAUGUUUUUAAAAGGGUGUAAUGAAUGCAUGUUUUAUUGAUCUGAGCUGGUGCGCCAAACACUUAGUUUCAGCUUGACUCACUCUUUAAAAAAAAAAGUGGAGUACAAAGUAAGGACGCACAGCCUGAAGCAGUGUACAGAUGGAAUCGGGGCGCGCAACCGCGCUGAACCAGCUGGUUCGAGCCUCACCGUGAAGGGAGGACGGAUGUUCGGGUAUCUCAGCCUCUUCGAUGAGUUACGGACAGGAGAAGAGGCUGUGCGCAACUCACCCACCGGGACAUGCCUUCUCCUGACCGGGGGGACAGGACAGGACGACAGGAGGACGGCGCAGCGGAUAGUCACUGCUGGGGGGGAAGACGAGACGAACGUGGCGCGCAGUGCGCUCUGGAGAUGGAGAUAACAAACCGCAGCCUGCACUCCAAAAUGACCUGCGCAAACGGUGAUGGUGCCAUUCAUCUUAACUGCUCGGACUCGACAGAAGUCUCCGUGUCACUUACCGGGAGGAAAGCGACUCUCAUGGACGGACACAACCUUUACAGACUGCGAGACAGAAAACUUUUGAUUGAGGACAAAAAGCGUCUUUGCGCGCUGGCUUUAGGCGCAGCUCUGCUGGGGAUCCUGCUCAUGAUCAUACACACCGAAAUAUGUCCGCACGUGAAGCAGCCGGGUUCAAAAGUCUCCAUGACUAUCAACAGUUUCAUAAGCCUGUCCACUGGGUGUCUCCUGGUCCUCGUCAUAGCUUUCCAUUAUAAGGACAUUAGGCUCUUCAUCAUUGACCACAACCAGGUGGACUGGCGAAUAGCCAUGACCAGCCACAGGGUUAUUGUGAUCAUCCUGGAGCUGCUGGUCUGUGGCAUCCAUCCAGUAGGAUCUUACUGGGAGGCGGGGCUCCAUGUCAACUCCUCAUUUGCCGGUCCACCCUGCAUUUCCAGCCACCACAAAGGGGCCCUGCCGGACAUGGAGCUGCUCCUGUCAAUGCUGAUGUUUCUUCGUCUGUACUUGGUGCACAGAGCCAUCCUGCUGCACAGCAAGGAGCUGCUGAGCGCCUCCUACAGGAGCAUAGGCUCGCUCAACAAUAUCAACUUCACGUUUCGCUUUGUUCUCAAGGUGCUGAUGAACAAGCACCCCACACGAACGCUGCUAGUCUUCAUCCUCCUCUUCUGGCUCACUGUGUCGUGGAUGCUUACUCUGUGUGAGAGGCGACUCCAAGAACCAGAGGGAGCAGACCAAAUGGACACCGCUCUGUGGCUCAUAGCCAUUACAUUCCUCACAGUGGGCUAUGGGGAAGUGACACCCAAGACUAGCUGUGGGAAGGGAGUGUGUCUCUUCACUGGUGUCAUGGGUGUAGCCUGCACUGCCAUGCUGGUGGCCACAGUGACGGAAAAGCUGGCGCUGAACAAAGGGGAGAAGCAUGUGCACUUCUUCAUGAUGGACAUCCAGAUCUCCAAAAGAAUCCGACAUGCUGCUGCCAACGUCCUAAGAGAAUGCUGGCUUCUGCAUCGAACCAGCUUGAUGAGAGCUAGCCACGGCGAACACCGGAGACACCAGAGAUGCCUUCUGGAAGCCAUUAGAGUGUUCCGACAUUUACGGCACCAACAAAGAAAACUAAGAGAUUAUGUCAGUGAGAUGGUGGAUCUGCCAAAGAUGCAGAUGAUCAUGUGUGACCUCAGUGCCAACUGGAAUAACUCUUAUCGGGAGCUGGAGCAGAGGAUCCUCUCCAUGGAGCAAAAGCUAGAUGAGCUGGCUCGCUGUUUUCAGCAAACUUCUGAGCUGCUGUCAGAUGUCCUUCAUCAUCGCCACAGCCCAGAGAUAAGGUGACAUGGUGACAUAUACCAGAAUUAUUUUCUCCUGCAGAUUUCAGGAAUCCCAUCGAACUGGAGGUGCUGCCCUCCUCACACGCUGAACCACUCAGGGGACACCCAUCAACUAUCUCAUCCUCUGUGUUGAGUGUGCUGCCCUGUCUGUUUUGUUCUACAGUUUUGUGUUUAGCAUUAAUGUUUGCAGAAGUGCACAAAGAACCACAUCUCAUAUACUGGAUGUUUUUUAGUUUUUUUUACAAGAUUUUUUUUUACUGCCCAAUUCCUCUGGAAUAUUUUUAGACAAAUAUAUAUGUUUGUUUGCAAUUUCUCUAAAGGAUCAUGAACCUCAUUUAUAAAAAGAAUAAGUCAACAAUUUAAGGUAAAUUUCUGUUCGCACACAUUAAAGAAUUUAGAUUCUUUUAAAGAUAGUUUGCAAAAAUAUGUAGUUUUAUGAACAAAAAAGCAAUUAAACUAACUAAAAUAUAAAGUAAUAACAUUUUUUUAUUAUUAUUUAUAAACGGACUGAGACCAAAAUCUCACACUAAAGCACCUUGAAAUGCUCUUGUUUAAGUAGCUCAACUACACCACCUAGUGCACGGGAACACCCCAUUUUUAAAUGGAAACUGUGCUUCAAUGUCAAACGAAGGAAUUCUUUAAUAUAUCUGUAUAUAUUUAUCAGCAAGAAUCAAACUCCCAAUCCCUGUGAACAACUGUAUAACUGGACUAACGUUUCUGGAGAAUAAAGAGAAGUUUUGAAGCCUUUUGAUAUAAUGUAAUGGUGAAACAGUUUCUGUGUUCAAACCUGUCUUUUUCAGUUUACUUCUCCAUUUGUUUCAGAAAUGUUAAUGAUCAACAAACAUCAUUCAAAUCAAAGCAAUGAAGACUAAAUGUUUGCACUUUUUCAUCCGCUAAUAUAUUAAAGCAUAACAUGGACA